AUGGCGAUGGAUCCUCAUGCCCAGGUCCCGACACAAUUGAUAUCCCAUUUCUCCUCCGGGUGGAUUGAACUCUGGGAUUCGGACCAAACCCACUUCUGGGACCGUGGAAAACCAUCUCCCGCACUCAUCGACUGGCUCGAGUCGCAGCCCGAAGUCCUACCGUUGCAUCCUAACCGAAAGUUGACUGCGCUCGUACCCGGUUGCGGGAAGGGCUAUGAUGUCGUCAUGUUAGCCCUUCACGGCAUUGAUGUCUAUGGGUUAGAACUUUCGCGGAAAGGAGUGGAGAUUUCGGAAGCGUAUGCGAAAGCGGAGCUCGCCAGACCUUCUAGUUAUAAUUUCGCGAUCGAGAAUGAAACCGGACCACUUACCUCGGUAAUCGGCAAUGCCAAGUUUCUAGAAGGUGACUUCUUCAAAACUAAUUGGGAGAAAAGAGUCGCUAUUGAUGGGUUUCAAGGCUUUGAUCUCAUAUAUGACUACACCUUCUUAUGCGCGUUACUGCCUGAGAUGCGAAUGGACUGGGGGCGCCGCAUGAGCGAACUUCUCUCGCCAGAUGGGGUGCUCGUGUGUCUUGAGUUCCCCUUGCACAAGGAUUUGAAGCUUCCGGGUCCACCUUGGGGGGUAAAAGGUGUUUACUGGAAUAUACUGUCCCAAGGUGGUGAUGGGAUUAUCGACGAAGAGACAGCAAGUGAAGAGGGGCAGCUACAGGGGAAGUUCAAGAGAAUGACAUACUUCAAGCCGGCACGUAUGUACGAGAAUGGCAAAGGAACGGACAUGUUUAGUGUUUGGAAGUUAAGGAGGUAAGAUCUCGGUACUCAGGGGCUGGUCCCACCAUUGAAUUCUUCCAAAUACACAUGUUAUCAUCAAGAUCAGGUCACUAACACGGAACUACGGAAGCGGGUGAUAGUUACCAACAUUCGAAGCCUAGAUUUCAUGACAACAUCACAUAA